AUGCCCUCCCCGACCUGCCACCUGCCCAACGGCAACACCUUCUCCGUGACCCCGGUGUUUGGCGGCGUCAAUUUCAAGUCCAACGACCUCAACCUGCACCAUACCGCAUUCCCGCCAGGCUGGACCGUUGUCAUACACACCGAGAAGCCAGUAGUAGUGGUGGGCGAUGAUGCAGAAGGCAAGCAACAAGAUGGACAGCAGGCUACUAAAAUGCGGAUGUCGAGUUUCAAGCAGCCCACGCGGCAAAACGACUGCAUUUUUAUUUCCUCCAUCAGCAACCCGUCCAGCAUGGACUACAAACCGCCAAUCUCGCCGUCUCGCCAAAUCGCAAUGAUGCUUUGGGCCACACUCUGGUGGUACUUUCACGAACCCGAGCCGGACCUCUACCUCGCCACCGCGGAAUCAGCAAACACUCCCAUCUCGGGCAGACCCAAGGGAGAAUGGAGGGUGAAUAUCAAGAGAGAAGGCAUAUUCAAGGGCCGGAACAUUAUGCAAAAGAUGGAGCGCAUGGGCUUGAUUGCAAACGUGGAUUCCUCUGUUGGCACAGAAUCGAUCGAGUCGCGGGCUCCGGCCAGUUGGGAACGCAUGUUUACCAGCCGCCGUAGCUUUUGGCAGCUAGACCCCAGGAUUUUUAUUUUUACUUUGACGCCGGCGGCGGCUUCGACGGCCAAUCUAGGGAUUGCACCGUCGCCCUUGAUUUCGCCGUAUGGCUCGCGGCCGGCUUCGCCCAGUGUUGAUUUCUUUCGUCCGGGAGAUGGCGGCAGUCUGUCGACAGACCACCACCAGCCUUCUCCGAUACAGGUGCAGAAUGUCACCAGUGGACCGUAUACUUCUAGCAGUCAUCUCCCCACGUACUAUCCUCCUCCGCCAACGCAGUACAUCUUUACCAACGGCGUGCGUCACCCGCUUCGUCCGAGACCUCCGCACCAGGGAGAAACAUUCUACUCACGGUACAUCCCCAGCGUGGGACAGUAUCUCUCCUUUCGCGUACCGGUUCUUAGUCCGGGGAAACAUCUGCCCCUAAGUUCCUUCUCUUCUCUGACUGUUUCGCGAAUCCACAACCCGUCGCCGCCGGGCCCGUCGGACCUGGAUUUUCUGCACAAGUGGAUGAACGACCCACGCGUAAACAACUCUUGGAGCGAGGCCGGACCCCGCGAAAGGCAAGAGAAUCUAUUAAUUGAUGGUCUUAGUAGUAGGCACAGUUUCCCAGUCAUUGGAUGCUGGGACGGGAAACCGUUUGGCUAUUUUGAGAUAUACUGGGUUAAAGAAGACCGGCUCGGGCGGAAUUUGGGGCGUGUCGGUAACUAUGAUCGAGGACUGCAUUUGCUGGUCGGUGAGCAGGAGUUUCGAGGACCGCAUAGGGUGCCUAUUUGGCUCAAUGCGUUGGUUCAUUAUUGCUGGCUUGCGGAUGCUCGUACGGAUGCGGUGCUGCUGGAGCCUCGUGUGGAUAAUCAAAGAAUAAUCACCUACCUCACCAACGUCGGUUUUUACAAGGAAGGAGAAGUCGCUUUUCCGCACAAGCAGUCUGCUGUGAUGAGAAUCAACCGCGAUAGCUGGGAGUGUCCUGCGUUGUGA